AUAAUAAAAUUUUGAUUGUUUGAAAACCGAAAACGUUUUAUAUUUAAUUUUUCUAAGAUUUUUAUUUUCGCGUGCAAAAUUUUAAUUCGAUGCUUAGAAUAAAGACUUUUUUAAUGCCAGUAUUCCCCAGAAUACGUUAUAAUGUUUACAAAUUAUAUUCCAAAGCCGCUGAACAACCGGAAGCAGCGCUAAGUUUAACGGAUGCAUUAGGAGCUCAAACAGCACAAACAUCUAAAUCAAGGUCAAACACUCAUUCACCAAAUGAGAGUAAAAAAUCUGUCGAGUUAGAAGCAAUUUCUAGCCCAACCGUUACAUCGAAUCCAUCUACAUCAACGCAAAAUAUUCAACCACCUAUGGAGAGUCAAAACUCUGCGGAAAUAGCAAGUGCUGUGGUUAAAAAGCCGGGUGGUUGCAAUAAAAAAGCUGCACCUAAGGGCAAAAAGGGUAAGAAAUGCGGUCAACCUAAGCCUGUUCAACCCCAAGAUCCUGGACCUCCUGGUGGAUAUUACAUCCAUGAUAAAUGUGACAUAUACGAUAUACCCAAAACUAAUGCCAAGAAAUGGAGAACUAUUUCAUAUGCCUUAGUUCCAUUAGCCCUCGGAUUAUCCGCUUUUAUUUUAGCUACCAAAGAGGAAGCUCCCGAACCUGAAUAUAUUCCUUAUGAAUACAUGUACAGACGAACUAAACGCUUUGCUUGGCGAGAUGGUAAAACGUCACUUUUUCAUGGACCCAAUAAUUUAAUACCUGAAGAGGAAGAAGAACGUUUAGAUCGAGAAGCAGAAGAAAAACAAGCGCAAGCGCAAACUCCCCCAAAAAAAGGAGAAAAGGCUCCACCGCCAGCCGAAAAAGAGGCACGAUAUAAAAAACAUAUUAAUGAACAGGAAGACAAAAUUAAAAAGCGUGAACAACAUGCUCACGAAGAAUUGGAACGACGUAAAAAACGUCAUGAGGAAGAACGCGCCAAUCAGCCUAUAGUUGAAAACCCAAAAGAAACAUAAAAACGCUUUCAAAUUUAAGUUAAAAAAUCUUUAAUUUUAAAAAAAUAUAUGUAUAUUUUUAGCCGAUUUACAAAAAAAAGAAUGUGAAUAGAAUUCAACAUUUUCUCACAUCUGUUACAACA